AUGAGUAUUAAGCUUGUGAUAGGGGAUGAAGUUGUAACUAUUGUGAGUGCCUAUGCACCACAAGCAGGACUAGAGGCGUCAACUAGACAAGAAUUUUGGGAGGAUUUAGAAGAAGUGGUGCAACGUGUCCCUAGAAGUGAGAAACUGAUCAUUGGUGGGGAUCUCAACGGACAUGUAGGCUCGAGUCGCGAUGGAUUUGAAAGCAUUCAUGGUGGUUUUGGGUAUGGGGAGCGGAAUGAAGCGGGAAAUGCUAUUUUGGAUUUUGCAUUGGCAUAUGACUUGGGUAUAAUGAACACUUGGUUUGAGAAAAGAGAAUCUCACCUAGUAACCUAUAGGAGUGGAGAUAAUACGAGUCAAAUUGACUUCUUUUUAGUAAGGAUUGCUUUGAGACAGUGUUACACCAAUUGUAAGGUGAUUCCGGGUGAGAGUACAACAACCCAACAUAGACUUGUGGUACUUGAUUUUCAAGGUAGAAGUUAUAUAAGAAAGAGUAGACCACUAGUGGAGCCUAGGAUCAAGUGGUGGAAACUUCAAGGGGAGCAACAACUAAAAUUCGUGGAAAAGGUGGCAAGUGAAGGUAUUUGGGCCCGGGAUAUGGAUUUGGAUGUAGACUCAUUAUGGACAAGAAUGGAGCACACCAUAAAGGGAGUGGCGAGAGAAGUCCUAGGGGAAUCUAAAGGAAUCAUGCCACCAAGUAAGGACACAUCUUGGUGGAACGAAGUUGUGCAACAAGCUAUAAAGAGCAAACGAGAAUGCUAUAAAGAGUUGGGAAAAUGUAGAAGUGAUGAGAACUACGAGAAGUACAAGGAGGCUAAAAGGGAAGCAAAGAAGGUCGUAAGAGAAGCUAGAGCAAAGGUGAAUCAUGAUCUUUACGCAAGAUUGGAUACAAAGGAAGGUGAAAAAGACAUCUAUAGACUUGCUCGAAUGAGAGAUAGAAAGACGCGAGACAUCGGGAGGAUUAAAUGUGUGAAAGAUGUUGAUCAAAAAGUUUUGGUGGGAGAUAAGGAAAUCAAGGAUAGAUGGAGGUUCUACUUUGAUAGCUUGUUCAACGGGGAUCAAGGGCGCGAUAUUGGGGAUACAAAUAUCGCUAGGGAUAUGGUUAACCUAGACUUUAUGCGAAGAAUUCAAAAGAGAGAAGUCGAAAUGGCACUGAAAAAGAUGGGACGCAAGAGGGCAGUGGGGCCCGAUGGUAUACCUAUCGAAGUCUGGAGAUGCUUGGGAGAGAGAGGGGUUGUAUGGUUAACAACUCUUUUCAACAAGAUCUGGGGAAGUAAUAGGAUGCCAUUAGAGUGGAGGAAGAGUACUAACAUCCCCUUGUACAAGAAUAAGGGUGAUGUCCAGGAUUGUGCCAACUAUCGAGGAAUCAAACUAAUGAGUCAUACUAUGAAACUUUGGAAGCGGAUUAUUGAGCAAAGACUGAGGAAAACUGUGAAAAUUUCGGAGAACCAGUUUGGAUUUAUGCCUGGGAGAUCGACUAUGGAGGCCAUUCAUCUUAUAAGGCAACAAAUGGAGAAUUAUCGGGAUAAGAAGAAGGACUUACAUAUGGUUUUCAUAGAUUUGGAGAAGGCGUAUGUUGUGGGGUUUUUCCGGUGA